AUGGAGAGUAUCAAAAACGAAUUCCAGGGGUUUGGAGAAAACUUCGAAGGGUUUCCGAAGCAUCUGCCAGACGACAGUGUCGAAUAUACUAUUUUCAUCGUCGAUUCCAAGCUGAGUUCGCAAAAGGAGCUGCUCGCACGUCUUGAAGCCGUGCGCAGAGAGGCUCAGAAGCUUACGAGCAGUCUAUUGAAGGAUUAUAUAUGGCAGCGCGAUGGAUUCAGCUUACAGGUUGAGAGUGGGAAGGGAGUGAUGCGCCUUCAUGGCCUUACAAAUUACGGAGAUUCGGUCGAAGAUGAAUGGCUCAUUGUAUAUAUUCUUCAGGAAUUAAGCAACCGAUUUCCAGAAAUAUGGGUGAAGGUCGUGGACACAGAUGGCGAAUUCUUACUGAUUGAAGCUGCCAAUGCGUUGCCUCGAUGGCUGAAUCCGGAGAUCGCAGACAAUAGGGUUUGGAUUCAUGGCGGUCACCUUCGCAUUAUCCCACUCAGCGCCGCUUCUACUUCCUCAACUACUCAAACCAUCCCAGUCUCGCGAUCCCUUAACCUCGAGGAGGCACUCGAGACAAUCUCCUCAACUCCUGAAAUUCUCAUACAUUCACCCCUCAUUGAAGCUGAAGCCUUUUAUCGUCUCCAAAACUACCCAUCUCAAAUUACAGCCUCUUUACAUCAUUCCCCUAUAACAAUUCCGAGAAAGCUAGCCUACAUUUUACAUGAUCGGCCAGCAUCCAUAGCGCCGGCAGUUGAAGCUUUCUACCUUCGCGAUCCAAUCGCACUCAAGACUCUUCAAAAAGCUUCGUCGGACCUAGUAUUUCCGCCAGAGGACCUUGUGACCGUCUCAACCCGCUUUACAAAGGUUCUCUACGCGCAGCUAAAGUCGCAACAGUUUUCAGCCCCGCCAGCAUGGAAGGAUAUCCUUGUACAGUCAAAGAAUAGUGCCACAUCGGACUCUCCGACGACAAAGAAGUACACACAAGUCGAGAUGGGAAUGAAAGUUACGUCUGGAUUCGAGAUGCUAUUAAGUGACACCAAGAAUGCCGAUAACCGUAUGGUGAGGGAGAUAAAGAUCAUACUCGAUGAUCUAGAGGCGGACAACAAUGCAGAUUUACCCACCGAUCAAGAUAUUGCAAAAUGGAAGGAUGUGACCAGAGAGGAUGACGAAACAUGGCUUGAUAUCAACUUUGAGGAUUUUGAAAGAGAACUGCAAGGGAAAAGUCAGGACAAGGCGUCGACUGGAGUUCCAGGAGCUUUUGGACCAGAACGACCGCCAGGCUUCGGAGAUGCGAAGACUCAAGCGGACCUGAAAAAGAUGGUUGAGCGAUUCGAGGCUUUCAUGAACGAUGAGAGUGCAGGUCCCGAGGGUGUGGAGCUGGACGACAUGGACAUGGACGAUGAUGACGAGGACAUCGAUGACGACAGCGAGGACGAGGAUAAGGAUGUCAGCUUUGACGAGAAGGAAUUCGCGAGGAUGAUGAGGGAGAUGAUGGGAAUGCCAUCCGAAGAACCCGACGAGGCCGGCGAGGAAGCAUCACUCGGCACGACGACUACUCGAAUUCUCGAGAAAGGUCGCCGCAGGGUAGAAGAAAUAGACAGCGACGAGGAAGAAGCAGCCGAAGAAGAGGAGGAAGAGGCGGAGAUCAGGAAGGUGAUGCAGAGGAUGGAACUCGAAUUGAAGGAAGAAGGGGCGCUUAAUCUAGACCCGGCCCCGAAAAAGCUCACAACAGCGCACCAGGGGAAGGUCCCAGCAGCAGGCAAGGAAAAUGAUGCCUCGAAGAUGACAAUACAGGAAGAGGAGGAGGAAAGCGACGGGGAAGUCGAUAUUGAUUUCAACCUGGCUCAGAACCUGCUCGAGAGCUUCAAGAGCCAAGCAGGUAUGGCGGGGCCAGGAGGGAAUCUCCUGGGCAUGAUGGGGAUGCAAUUGCCUCGAGAUGAGGACGAUGGAAAACCAGCUGGGAAGAAAAGCUAA